UCUGCCUUUGCUUAUUUUUUUUUGUGUCAACUAAUUAUCAUCCCAUCUUCUUCUUCUUCAACUUCAACUUUUCUCAGCUCAAGCUCUGUUUCUUCUUCAUACAGAUUUACACUCAAAAGAUGUAUAACAUGGAAAAUUACAAUUCAAGCAAGGUUAAUCAACAACAACAGUAUCAAGAUGAAUGUGACAGACCUCUUACUUCCGAUGAUUGGUACCAGUGGAUGCAGAGUUCUUCUUCUGAUGGUAUAUGUCCCGUAGUUGAGAACGGCAAAAACAAUUCAGAAAUGAAAUCAGAGAUUGCUGUUGAUGAGAAUCAGUAUCUUGGUGGCGACUGGCCGGAGUACACGUACGAUAGUGGACAGAACAAAAUGGCUUGGGAGGAUGAAUUUUCUAUGAGUUCAAUGCUUAAGGAUGACAUGGAUGUUCCUCAAAUGUUAUUUGGCGGCCAGGACGAUUGCAGUUCGGCGCGGUUGGAUAAAAUGUUCGAUGAUAUGGUGGCGGAUUCUCAAAGUAAGUGCACAGACCAGUCUGAUUUAGGAAGAUCAAAGUAUAUGAAACAUGAUUACCCACAAUCAAUGUACUGGAACAAAUUGGAUGAAACUUCUCAUUUUAUGGUAUCCAAUACUGACCAAACGGAAGCUACUGUGGACACUAAGGCACCAGUAAAAUCAUCCGCUGAACAAGAGGAGGAUGCCAAUGAAGAAGUGUCAUGUAAGGCAAUGCAAGAUCUAGAAGACGUCAUGACACAGUUGACCUCAGAGACACGUUUAUUCUUUCGGGAUGCCUUGUACCGCCUUGCAAACAACUCGAAACAACAGCAACAAGCUCAAAACCAGAACAGAUGUGGAGAAGAUUACAAGCCGCAAGUACCUACCCAGCAACAAGAAAACUCAAUGUAUGGAAGAAGUGACAACAUGGAGUUAGAGACCAACAUCAUUGACAGGACAGUGGCGAAACUCAUGUUCAAUGAAAUGAACUGUAAUGAAACAGAUGAUUUUUGUGUAGACUCAGUCGACUUCAGUGAUGCAUCAUUUACAGCGGCCAGCUCAUUCAACAACAGCUAUGAUCAGUCAGUUCAAUGUCAUAACUCGAAUUGAUCUCCCGUGUUUCGCAUUUCAUGCUUACCCUUUAGAGUGUUAUGUUAGUGAUUGUAGGUUAUGUAAACUCAAUGCUCAUAAUGAACUCCUCCCCUCUGUAAAAAGAAGAGAAUUUUUCUUUUUGUUUUGCUUAGAAGACAAUCUCAUACUCUUGUGUACCUAGUCAAUCGACCCCAUUUUUACUGGCACUGUGUCGAUUCUCUCGGGACAUGAAACUCAGCUAUGCCUUUUCAUAUGUAAAUAUAAGUGUAUCCAUCUCCUUUGUAAAGUGUUGUAUUCUUUCUUGCAAUUUUGAUCUUGCCUAUGGUUUUUGAUAUUAUAAAAUCAUGAGAACUUCUGCUGCCA